AGCCAAGUCAAAAGCCAAGCCUCAGUUCAGCCUGCGCACACACGGAAUGCGUCGGGUCACCAUGGCCGCCGCGCGACUUUAACACACGGUUUGACGGUCCAGCGGGGCGCAGUGGGUCAUGAGGCAGAGCCAGCAAGCGGGAGCCUGGACGGCGUAGGCAGGCGGCGAAGAGGACACGCCAGUGAUGUGAGACGCCAUACCUGUAGGUCUAUCUCGCCCAUUUGUUUCGCAGAGGAAAGUUGUAUCGCGGGCAGUGCGAUAAAUUUGAGGGGAAAAUAAUGGAGCCUAGAAGAGGCAGCCUAGCCCUGGCGCUUGUUGCCGCCUUCAUAGUGGCUUUCCCCAAAUCAGAUGCACUCCCACAACAAGUAAACAUCGGUGGUUUGUUUGAAAAUGCAAAGGAAGAUGAAGUGCAGACCGCAUUUUUGAGGGCAGUCGGAGCCGUUAACGCAGACCCGAAUUUACUGGCAGAAGUAGAAGUCACUGCAAAUCCCAUGUCGGUUUCAAUGUUUGACAGCUUUGGCACUGCACGCACAGUGUGCGAGUUGAUGACUUCUGGCAUGGCUGGCAUAUUUGGGCCAUCUUCAAAAGCCACCAGUAGCCACAUUCAGGCAGUGUGUGACACAAUGGAAGUGCCGCACAUACAACACACUUCAACCCCUACCUCAAUCGAGAGACAUGCGAUCAACCUGUACCCGCACUACAGCACCUUGUCGCAAAUUUUACUGCGCCUUGUUGACGAGUACGGCUGGAAAGAUUUCACGAUUCUAUACGAAGAUGAUGACAGCCUCGUUCGAGUAAGCCAGCUACUGGAGAAGUACGAUCCAAAGGGCUACACUGUGACGGUGCGUCAGCUUCCGGAAGAAGACAUGAAGCCGAUAUUCCGAGAGAUAAUCACCGACAAAGUGAAAAACAUUAUUAUAGACUGCAGUAUUGACACGCUUGCUGAAGCACUUAAGCAGGCUCAGCAGAUCGGUGUCAUGGGAAAUGCCUUCAAUUUCUUGAUAACAAAUCUGGACUUCCAUACACUAGAUUUGGAACCAUAUCGUUACUCCGGAACGAACAUGACAGGCUUGAGGAUUGUUCGACCAGGUAGUGCCAUGGUCCAGUCCACAGUAGAGUUGUGGGCCUCGGCUGCAGCCAUGGCAGGCGAGACAUCUGUAUUGGAACCAGGAAAUCUGAGAGUAGCCCCAGCGCUCAUGUGGGAUGCUGUCCACCUGUUUGCUCGUGCCCUGGAGCGACUUGACGAAAGUCGUCAGGUGGAGCUGCCUGGGCUUCAGUGCGAAGAGCAGAAAGGCUGGGAACAUGGAUUCAGUUUGCUCAACUUUAUGAAAACUACGGAGAUCGAAGGUCUUACCGGGCCGAUAAGAUUCGACAACCAGGGUUUCCGCACGGAUUACUCUUUGGACAUCGUGGAGCUGAGUGCUGAAGGCGAAAGCACUCAAACCAUCGGUAACGUUGAUGUCAACACCUUUAACCUUACUCGUGUUGAGCGCGCAAAGGAAGAGUUUAGGAAGGAACUUGAGUCCGUUCGAAACAAAACCUUCAGAGUUAUGAUAGCUCUCGCAGAACCGUACAACAUGCUUCAGGACUCUGCCCAAAAGCUGAGUGGAAACGACCGUUACGAAGGGUUCUGCAUUGAUCUCAUCAAAGAAUUGGCACAAAUGCUUGGAUUUAAUUAUACAUUCAUUCAACAGCCAGAUAACAAAUACGGCUCUUGUGACAUUGUCACGGAAAAAUGCAACGGAAUGCUGGGCAAAGUACAAACAGACGAAGCAGAUUUGGCAAUAACAGAUUUAACAAUUACCUACGAUCGAGCCGCUGGAGUAGACUUCACCAAGCCCUUUAUGAACUUAGGCAUUGCACUGUUGCAUACAACACCAUCGAAACUUCAGCCAAGUCUGUUCUCGUUCUUGGACCCCUUCUCUGGAGAGGUUUGGGUGUAUUUGCUUGCUGCGUAUGUUGUCGUGUCUCUCGAGCUCUACGUGAUGGCCCGAAUUACUCCCGGAGAAUGGACGAACCCGUACCCCUGUAUUGAGGAACCAGAGGAGCUCGAAAAUCAAUUUACCGUGCUGAAUGCAUUCUGGUUUACUAUCGGAGCCCUUAUGCAGCAAGGUUCUGAAAUAGCACCCAUUGCUCCUUCGACGAGAAUGGUGGCCGGAAUGUGGUGGUUCUUUACUUUAAUUAUGGUCUCAUCCUACACUGCUAACCUGGCUGCCUUCUUGACUGUGGAGCCAACUCAAGAAAUUAUCUCAGACCCAAAGCAACUCGCUGACCACCCAAGAGUCAAAUACGGUGCAAAGGAAGGUGGAUCCACUUUGAACUUUUUCAGGGACUCAAAGGACCCCAUUUUCCAAAAAAUGUAUUCCAAAAUGGACAACAUGGCGGAAAACAGUUAUGGCGUGAGGCGUGUGAUUGAGUCCGGGGGAGACUACGCUUUUUUCAUGGAGUCUUCUUCAAUCGACUACCAAGCGCAACGCGAGUGCGACGUGAGAAAAGUCGGUCUGAAUCUUGACGAAAAGGGAUAUGGAAUUGCAAUGAGGAAAAACGCACCUUACUUGACGGCUUUGUCAGCUGCUGUUGUCAAACUGCAAGAGAGCGGCAAACUGUCCGAACUGAGGACGCGCUGGUGGGAACAGAGAAGAGGCGGAGGAAAGUGUUCCGGGCAAUCGGAAGAAAGUUCGGCCGGGGAGCUGGGCCUCGCCAACGUGGGCGGCGUGUUCCUCGUCCUGGGCGUGGGCGUGGGCAUCGCCGUGGUCGUGGCGUUCGGGGAGCUGCUUUGGGACCUGGCCGUCAGAGCACACGCCGGAGAAGUCUCAUUCAAGAGGGAACUCUGGGAGGAACUCAAGUUCAUCUUCAAGUGCAGUGGGUCGACCAAACCUGUAAAGAAGGCCAAGACCGACGAGGAAAAGCUAGAGGACGCUUUAAAAGAGUUUCAGCCGCUGAGUCCGUAUGCGAUCGGCUUCGAGGGCUCUGGGGAGAGUAAUGGCAACGGCAAGAGUGCAUUGAACAGUACUGCGCAGAAUAGCCAGAACCAGAAGGAGCCUUUGUACUGAUACUUGCUGCUCCCGUUUGCUUAUUACGUAAUGCCUUGGGGUUCAGUAUGCUUUGUCUAACUACCCGGUUGAUAAUGAGCUAUACAAUUGUGAUAGAUUAGUAUUACUCUUCGUGUCGAACUUGGUUGUUUUGUAAGCAUUUACUAAAAAAGAAUAAUUUGAAAAUAAGUCCAAUAAAAAAAAGACAGAGUGAGAGCAGCGCUUCCCUGAACGAG